CCAAGAGCCCAAGACACGACGCCGCGCGCGAGGCAGCUGAGCUAUACCACAGCGCGAUCGAUGGCGUCGGGCGUCGGGGAGCCGCCGUUCCCGGCGGUGGACAAGUGCGACGCGUCGCGCCUCGGGACGGAGUCCACGGUCGCGGCGGACCUCGACGGCACGCUGCUCCGUUCCCGGAGCGCGUUCCCGUACUACGCGCUCGUCGCCUACGAGACGGGCGGCGCGCCGCGCCUUGCGCUGCUGCUGCUUCUGGCGCCGCUGGCGGCGGCGCUGUCCCGCCUGGCGUCGUCGCCCGCCGCGGGGGUGCGGGUGCUGGUGUUCGCGGCCACGGCGGGGGCGCGCGUGGCCGACGUCGAGUCCGCGGCGCGCGCCGUGCUGCCCAGGUUCUACGCCGCCGACGUGCACCCGGCCGCGUGGCGCGUCUUCGCGGCGUGCGGCGGGGGCAGGCGGCUGGUGCUCACCGCCACGCCGCGGAUCAUGGCGGAACCGUUCCUGCGGGGCUGCCUCGGCGCGGACGCCGUCGCCGGCACGGAGCUCGCGACGUGGCGCGGGCGCGCCACUGGGUGGGUCGACGCGCGCCGGGGCGUGCUCGUCGGCGAGAGGAAGGCUCAGGCGCUCAGGGAGAUGGUCGGGCACGGUGAGAUGCCGGACGUCGGGCUGGGCGAUGGGAAGUCGGAUUACGCCUUCAUGCGCAUCUGCAAGGAGGCCUACCUCGUGCCGCGGACGCCGGUGGAGGCCGUGCGCGCUGACGAGCUGCCGAAGCGGAUCGUCUUCCACGACGGCCGCCUCGUGCAGCGCCCGACCCCGCUCGUCGCGCUGCUCACCCUGCUGUGGCUCCCCGUCGGCCUCCUCCUCUCGCUCGUCCGCGUCGCCGCGGGGGCGCUCCUCCCGAUGCGGUGGCUCCACGUCGCCUUCCACGCGCUGGGCGUACGCGUCGUCGUGCGAGGGUCGCCGCCGCCGCCGCCGCGCCACGGUGGCGGCGCGACGGGCGGCGUGCUCUUCGCCUGCUGCCACCGCACGCUCCUCGACGCGAUCUUCCUCUCCGUCGCGCUCGGCCGGCCUGUGGCCGCCGUCACCUACUCCCUCUCCCGCCUCUCCGAGUUCCUGUCCCCGAUCCGCACCGUGCGGCUCACCCGCGACCGCGCCGCCGACGCCGCCACCAUCAGGACCGUGCUGUCCGAGGGCGACCUCGCCGUCUGCCCCGAGGGGACCACGUGCCGGGAGCCGUUCCUGCUGCGGUUCUCGGCGCUCUUCGCCGAGCUCACCGACGACAUCGUGCCGGUGGCGUUGGAGUGCCGGAUGAGCAUGUUCCACGGCACGACGGCGAGGGGGUGGAAGGGGAUGGACCCCUUCUACUUCUUCAUGAACCCGAGGCCGGUGUACACGGUCACGUUCCUCGACAAGCUGCCGGCAGACCUCACCUGCGGCGGCGGUAAGUCCAGCCAUGAGGUGGCCAACUACGUGCAGAAGGUCAUAGCCUCCACGCUCUCGUACCAGUGCACCGGCUUCACCAGGAAGGACAAGUACAGGGAGCUAGCCGACAACGACGGCGUAGUCCAUGCCAGGUAAAUAAACACCACCGAGAAAGAGCGCGUCCUUGCUUGGUAAAGACAGAUCAGUUGUAUAUGCUGUAUAAGUUUUAACUUCACAUUGCGUGAUAAUUUCGUUUCAAAAAAAAACAUUGUGUAGUAAUAAUCUGGGCUGGUGACGCUGAUAUGUGAUACAAAUCGACUACUGGACACUACAUCACGAGGUGCAUCUACGAAAGGGAACAGAGUGGGUGUUAGGACUCCUUGCUCUUUGACCAUCCGUCCCCAAAAGAAAUUGAGGAAAAAUCCUUCCCAAAUUUGGAACGGUGCCGAUCAUCACCAUCAGAACUCGGAGAGGGACGUGCAACCUCCUUAAUCAAAGCACUAUACUCUCCUUCCGUCCCAUACGAUUGCUUCUCAAGAUUUCUUCAACCCAUUUAAGAUUGCCUUCGGUUGCUCGAGAAUUUCCACCACCAUUUCCACACCCUCUCUCUGUCUCAGCAUACACAUCACUUAAGAAUUACACGCUCAACGACACUAGCUUUGUAAGAAAAUCAACAGGACGUCUUAUAAAAUGAUGUAUAUAUUAUCCUCAUAAUGAUGAAGAAAA